AUGCGGCCUUCAUGUCUCCAAAGAUUUAACGUAAUUCAAGCUGUAGCUACUGUCAAGCUAAAAGAUGUGAAGAAAUUCACGAGUUUAACACGUAAAAGCAGUGGAAAAACUGAUGGAUCACCAUCUCAACUUCAAGAUGAAAGCAGUGGAAAAACUAAUGGAUCACCAUCUCAACCUGAAGGUCGAAACAGUGGAAAAACUGAUGGAUCACCAGGUCAACCUGAACAUGAAAGCAGUGGAAAAACGGAGAGAUCACCAACUCAACCUGAAGGUAGAAGUAGUGAAAAAACUGAUGUAUCACACUCUCAACCUGAAAGUGGAAGCAGUGAAAAAUUUGAUGGAUCAUCAUCUCAACCUCAAGGUGGAAGCAGUGGAAAAACAGAUGGAUCACUAUCUCAACCUCAAGGUGGAAGCAGUGGAAAAUCGGAUGUAUCACAAUCUCAACCUAAGGGUGGAAGUAGUGGAAAAACUCAUGGAUCACCCUCUCAACCUAAAGGUGGAAGCAGUGGAAAAACUGAUGAAUCACCAUCUCAACCUGAAGGUGGAAGCAGUGAAAAAUCGGAUGUACCACCAUCUAAACCUGAAGGUGGAAGUAGUGGAAAAGCUGUUGGAUCACCAUCUCAACCUGAGGGUGGAAGUAGUGGAAAAACUGAUGGAUCACCAUCUCAACCAGAACGUGGAAGUAGUGAUAAACCGGAUGAAUCACCAUUUCAACCUGAAAUUGGAAGCAGUGAAAAAUGGGAUAUAUCACCAUCUCAACCUGAAGGUGGAAGUAGUGGAAAAAGUGAUGGAUCACCAUCUCAACCAGAACGUGGAAGUACUGGAAAAGCGGAUGAAUCACCAUUUCAACUUGAAAUUGGAAGCAGUGAAAAAUGGGAUGUAUCACCAUCUCAACCUGAGGGUGGAAGUAGUGAAAAAACCGAUGGAUCACAAUCUCAACCAGAACGUGGAAGUAGUGGAAAAGCGGAUGAAUCACCAUUUCAACCUGAAAUUGGAAGCAAAGGCCAGAAGAGUCUACCCCUGGGGGAUUACCUAGGUGAAUUUACGGACGAGUUAGAAGACGGCGAUCACAUCGUCGAGUUCGCGUCCGCUGGUCCAAAGAAUUACGGGUAUCGAACGGCUCGCGGUAAAGUGGAAUGUAAGGUUCGCGGUUUUUCCCUAAACACUCGAGGCCGAGAACAACUAAACUUUGAAUUCCUCAAAGAAAACGCCAUCCGCGAAGUUUCUGACCCACUAUCAGAUCCACGAGAGAUCCCUGUCUUUAACCCACACAAGAUCACACGGGAUGUCAACACCAAACAAUUAGAAACACUUACCGAAAUCAAGCGCUACAAGUUGGUCUUUGACAAACGGGUUGUGGACACGAAGAAUUACUUUUCGUACCCUUACGGAUACCUACGCUACGAUGAGGAAGCGGAGGAAAUGUUACAAGGGCUAAAUGUGGCCUGGGACGAGCAGGACGACAUGAACGUCGAACUCUUGUGCGAACUCUUGUGCGAAUAA